AUGGCGGGCUUGAAAGAGUUUUUGUUCGACAGGUCGCGUUCCUUCUCCCCAGAAGGAAUAGAGAGGACAGGAGAAGAGAUGAGGAUUCAAAGCCCAGGAAGAGAAAAAACGCAAGAGGCAGAGAGCAGGCCCCCCGAGAGGCCACCAAAGAAGUUGGUGUUGAAUGGAGAGACGGGGAAGGGGAAGCCUCGAGCGCCGUCUCCACCUCGUUGUUCCACUCCGGAGUUGCCACCCCCGCCUCCUCCCCCUCCAAGGGAUGAGGAUGUCAUUUCCUGUGAUGAUCCGCUUCCACCACCACCAUCCCCGGGUCAAGUCCGCUCUCUCCUACAUGCCUCCCCUACCCUUGCGAUGUACCACAAGGACUCAUACAUGGCUCAUCGGAAAGAGCGGAUGAUGUACUCGACAUCCUUCGAGGAAAGAUACGGGCGACGUACGAUCGCUCCAGCCAGCCACACCGGCCCCUCUCUUCAUCCCACUAGGACCUCCAUGUCCCCUUCCGCGUGGGAGAAGUACCACAACAUCCGGCAACAAAGCACGACCGUCGUCUUCACGUCCGCAGAGUUGGAAGCCCUGAAGGAGAAGGAACGUCGACUGAAGGAAGCAAAGCAGAGGCUUCUGCUUACUGGUAGUGGCUGUGGUAAUACUAGUAGUCCAAGUUUGAAGAGUCUUGGAGCGAAUUCUCCUAGUCCCCCUCCGACGUACCUGAGACAGGCCUCAUCCCCUCUCCCGGCCAAUGCCGAGAGUUUUUUUCCCACCUCCUCUUCCCCUAAGAGGACCCGAUCUGACGAAGAAGAGGAAUGUUUGAGACUCUCUCGGGACCUGAUCUCCCAUCUCCCUGAUGAUGAUCGUCUCCAUCGACUCCUUAUGCCUUGGUCGGGUGAGAAGACGUCGGCAGACUACGUGGUGGGCCUAUUCCAGGUUCCUUCUGAUUUGGACGAGGGGAACCGUCGUCUUCAUGGUCGACCACCUCGAACAAGAAAGAGCAAGUCGAACAUCCCUCAAGUGAUUGGGUCGGACGUAGCGAAAGCGGAGGGAUUGCCGGCUGAUUCUUCGUAUUUCACCACGUCCGAGGAGAAGGCCAAGUUCUUCUCCCAUUAUUGGUCCGACCUCAAAGUCCAUGAUCAAGUCAAGAUCGAGGACAGUAAGGAACUCCUUGCGAAAAAGGAGGAAUUGUUGCAGAGGAUUGAGGAAAAGUUGGGAGUCCUACGAGAGGAGAGGAAGCUGCUCGAAGAGGAAACAAUAGGAAAUGAGGCAUUGGGCCGAAAUAUCACGAUCAAGGUUCAAGCUCUUGCCCAGCAACGAGAGAAGGACAAAUUUAUUCGACAUCUAGAAGAGAUUGAGAAAAUCACCUCUCUUCUCCUGGGUCUCAGUGGAAGGUUAGCCCGAGCUGAGAAUGCUCUUAAUGAGUCCCGAUCCGAGGAAAGGAAGACUCUGGAGAGCAAGCGAGAGAAAUUGAAGGAGCAGCUGGAAGAGGCGAAGCAUUUGAAGGAAGGGAUCGACAGGAGGAGCAAACAAAUCGCCCUCUUUCUGGCCAAAUAUCUGACGGUCGAGGAAUUAGCGGAUUACGAUCAUUUCGUCAAGAUGAAAGCGAAGCUCAUCAUGGACUCUCGGGAGAUGGAGGAAAAGAUCAAACUGGGCGAGGAACAAUUGAAUGCCCUAAAAGACGCCCUGAAUCCCAAUAAGUGAUAUUUUCCAUCGCCUUCUCCCAUUGUGAUAAAAAAAAACCUUCCUUCUUUACUUGUCAGUUUUUUUCUUUCUCUCCUGGAAGUUUUAUUUUCGUUGACUCUGUUGUUGUAGUGUCUUCUCUUGCAUCAUCCUCUUAUGUCAGCAUUGGCGGCUUCCUUCUAUUUUUCUUUGUUCAGAGCAUCAUAUGUGAUACAGUGGAAGAUGUUAAUAGAAAAAGAUACUCCCCAUCAUUGUGCAUCUCCUUCCUCUUGCCAGGGAAGACACACUAAAGGAAAAAAAAAAAAAGACUUAUUUAUUGAGAAGCCAAAUGAGUAUUUAAAAGCAAAGAAAAUGAAUGCUCACAUGAAAAAGAAAAGGGUAGAAGGAAGGGGAUAUGUACUGUGCGCUAUGAGGUGCUAUUCAUGGACGAUAGCUCUUGGUAGCCGUGAGAAAAUGUCUAUGUUCUUGGCAGCUUGAUGAAACAAGUCAAACUGAGCAAGGCAGAUUGAAUUUUUGUAAUAGAACUUGCUUUCAAGAAAUCCUGAUGUUAUUGUUUCCUUGAGCUUCCAUACUUGCAUUGUGAUUCCGAAUUCUCUUUUUGUUUCUUGAGGUGCAUGUUGAGGAAGUAAUAAAAGAUGGGCAGCUCAGGCUGAGAAGCUGUGACAGUGCAUGAUCCCAAUUUUGUCCCUCAUCUGGGCAUAACAAUAAAUCAGCUU